AUGAUGUUCCCCAGCCUCAUCUCCCCUCCAGCUGUCUACCCCAGCCUCCUCCGGCCGACCCCCACCCUCACCUUGCCUCAGUCACUGCAGUCGGCUUUUUCCAGCCAUUCCAGCUUCCUGGUUGAAGAUUUAAUCCGGAUCAGCAGGCCCACCAGCUACCUGCCCAGGACUGCCCCCGCACCCAGCAUGUCCCCUCCAGCCUCGGCGGCCAGGACGGACUCGGGGACGCCAGAGCUCCCCAGCUCCACCACCGCGGGCUCCAGGAGGAUCUGUUCGCCACAGACUUCCAGCAGCGACUCCACUUUCCUGAAGUUUGGAGUCAACGCCAUCCUCUCCUCCACACCCCGAGCCGAAACCUCUCCUGCGUUGCUUCAGAGCGUCCCGCCAAAGACUUUCUCCUUUCCGUACUUUGAAGGAUCCUUCCAGCCCUUUCUCAGAUCUUCCUAUUUCCCAGCUGCCUCCACCGUGGUCCCCAUCCCUGGCACCUUCUCCUGGCCGCUGGCUGCCCGGGGCAAGCCCCGCCGGGGGAUGCUGCGCCGCGCCGUCUUCUCUGAUGUCCAGCGCAAGGCACUGGAGAAGAUGUUCCAGAAACAGAAGUACAUCAGCAAACCUGACAGGAAGAAGCUGGCGGCCAAGCUGGGCCUCAAGGACUCACAGGUGAAGAUCUGGUUUCAGAACAGGAGGAUGAAAUGGAGGAAUUCCAAAGAAAGAGAGCUCCUCUCCUCUGGUGGCUGCAGAGAACAGACCCUACCCACCAAGUUCAACCCUCACCCAGACCUCAGUGAUGUAGGCAAGAAGUGUUCAGGAGAGGAGGAGGAGGAAGUUCCCCCCAUGUGCCCACCCAGCCCCCAGCAUCCCCUAACCUACCACCAGUCCCCAGAUCAUCUGCACCUGAGGGACAGACUGGACUCCCAGAUGUCUCCUUCUCCAUCCCAUUCUAGCAGCCCCAGCAAACCUUCAGACUUCUCAGACUCAGAGGAAGAGGAUGAUGAAGGGGAAGAAGAAGAGGAGGAGAUAACAGUCUCUUAG